UUCAUGUUUAUUACAAAAAUUUGACGUCCCAGGCCCUUUGAGCUACCAUACUUUGAAUUUAAAGUGGUUCUUCACUACUUUUAGCUUUUGGCUGUGGUGACGAUGAUGAUCCUCUUCAUCAGCUGAAUCCAUGGAGGGUUUAAAAGUGUGGGAUGAAGAAGCUGUUGGUCAUGUCAAAGAGGGCGGAGCCAGGUUACCUGGACAGGUGAGGCAGGCAGCAUCACUAACUGAUCUUAAUCUUCAUCCUGGUGAUGAAGACUCUGAGCAGCACCAGAACUUUCUGUAAACUCGUGGAGGUCAAAAGUCACCAGGAUGCUCCAGUGCUUCAUGGCACGCGCUCUGCUGCUCGGAGCGGUUCGAGGCGGGGUGAGGGUUCGGUGGUUCUGCAGUGAACUGGGUCAGUGUGCGCGCACCCACUCAGCACGGUCAUGGAAAUGGCGCGCGUGGCCGCGGGCCAUUGGGGUGUCUUGGAUGACGAUGAUGAUGAUGGAGCUUCGUCUGCUCGAGGACCGGAGUCUGGAUCAGGACGAGCUGAGGAACAGCUGCUGCCUCCCCCACCCGGAUCAGUCGGGGCGGGACAGAUCCCUCCCGACCCCCCGGGGGUCUGAAGAGGCCCGGGGCCACGCUCCUCUUCCAGCCCUGCUGAUUUCAUUCUGACGGAGACGCGAUCUGAUCUGGCUGCUUCGGCUUCUCUCACACCGCAGGACCCACAGAACCGAACCGAACUGGGCUGAAGAGCAGCCGGAACCCGGAGCCGCAGACUCCCCAUGUCCUCUCAGGAGGGGCGGAGCCUGUCCAGGAUGUCUGUAAGCCACUCACCUGUUUCACCUGUGGGUGCCCAGGGCAUCCCGUCCCCCGCUCAGCUCACCAAGGCCAACGCCCCCGUGCACAUUGAUGUGGGGGGCCACAUGUACACCAGCAGCCUGGCCACGCUCACCAAGUUCCCUGAGUCCAGGAUCAGCCGUCUGUUCAACGGUUCUGACCCGAUCGUGCUGGACGGUCUGAAGCAGCACUACUUCAUCGACCGAGAUGGAAACAUCUUCCGCUACAUCCUGAGCUUCAUGAGGACCUGCAGGCUGCUGCUGCCUGAGGACUUCCAGGACUUCCCCCAGCUGUACGAGGAGGCCCGGUUCUACCAGCUGACCCCGAUGGUGCGGGAGCUGGAGCGCUGGCAGGCGGAGCGGGAAGCCAGACGAGCGGCGCCGCCCUGCGAGGUUCUGGUGGUCCGGGUCACACCGGACCUGGGCGAGAGGAUUGCCGUGAGCGGAGAGAAGGUUCUGAUUGAGGAGGUCUUCCCCGAGACUGGAGACGUCAUGUGUAACUCUGUGAACGCCGGCUGGAACCUGGACCCGACCCACGUGAUCCGCUUCCCGCUCAACGGAUACUGCAGACUGAACUCUGUACAGGUCCUGGAGCGUCUCUUUCAUAAAGGCUUCAGCAUGAAGGCGUCGUGCGGCGGCGGCGUGGACUCCACCCAGUUCAGCGAGUAUAUCCUGUGCCGCGAGCUGACGCUCAGCAGGUCCAGGAGCAGCAGCCCGAUACGGGUCAAACAGGAACCUCUGGACUGAGCUCAGGGACUCACCUGGAUCAGGACUCACCUGAGCCGGACCCAAACAGCUGGACUCGACCCGUUUGUGUUUGGUUCAGAUAAAGAGAGAAAAAUUCAGACAAAA